UUCCUCCCGCCAUCCGCAAAAACCCAAAACAGGCUCCCUCUCCUCUUUUACAUCCACGGCGGCGGCUUCUGCAUGCUCUCCGCAUUCUCCCCGCAGUACCACGAUUUCUGCAACAAAGUCGCCGCUGACGCUAACGCCGUCGUUGUCUCCGUCGAAUACGGACUCUUCCCGACCCGACCCAUACCCGCUUGCUACGAGGAUUCCUGGACUGCCCUCCAGUGGGUAGCUUCCCACGUCGCCGGCGACGGACCCGAGCCUUGGCUAAACCAUCACGCGGAUUUCCAAAGAGUGUUCAUCGGCGGAGACAGCGCCGGAGCCAACAUAUCGCAUACGCUGGCGGUUCGGGUCGGAUCAAUCGGGUUGCCGGCGGGUAAAGUGGUGGGUGUGAUUAUGGUGCAUCCGUAUUUUGCAGGUGUUGAUCAUAUUGAUCGAAUGUGCGUUUUCAUGGGCGCGAGCAAUGGUGGAAUGGAGGAUCCGAGGAUUAAGCCGACGAUGGAAUCUCGGCGACUGGGAUGUGAGAGGGUUCUGUUUUGUGCAGAGAAAGACGAAUAUGAACUGAGAGAAGUUGGAAUCGAUUACUGUGAGAAGCUGAAGAAGAGUGGGUGGAAUGGAAGUGUGGAGAUUGUGGAACAUGUCGGUCAAAGCCACGUUUUUCAUCUCAAGGAGGAAACCAAAUUGCACGAAGACGCUGUCGUUUUGGUCCAGAAAUUUGUUUCAUUAAUCAAGCAGGAUUAGUCUUUACGCGUGCGUGUACGUAUAGAUUACACGUACGUAUAUCUAGGUGCAUGUGCUUAUCUUAUGUCACAAGUGUCAACUUGCUAGUUAUAAUUCUAUUUUAAUUAUCUCGUAUAUAAAUAAUA